CUAUCCUCACUCAGCAACAGUAACAAACUCCGGCGACGCCGAUGUUUACCCAAAUUCAACCCGCCGCACGGAUUCACUCAGCAAUACCACCAUUUCCGGCUAGUUAUUCUCUACGCCGCCGCCAGCCCCUUCUCCAUCGCCGUGGUCCUCGCUUUUCCUUUUCCCGCCUCCGGAUACUCAAUUGCUCAAAGCUCGCAAAUGAAAGCGGAAGCCCUAGUUCGAGCGAGAUAAGUGAGCAUCAAAGCGUCAGUGGAGACGAUGGAGUGAGGAGAGCUUAUCCGUUUCACGAAAUCGAGCCUAAGUGGCAGCAUUACUGGGAGGAGAAGAAGACUUUUCGGACGCCCGAUGAAAUCGAUACUUCCAAGCCCAAAUUCUACGUUCUCGACAUGUUUCCUUAUCCCAGUGGGGCUGGUUUACAUGUGGGGCAUCCUCUUGGUUAUACUGCUACGGAUAUCCUUGCUAGACUCAAACGGAUGCAAGGUUUCAAUGUGUUACAUCCAAUGGGUUGGGAUGCUUUUGGUUUACCUGCAGAGCAGUAUGCAAUCGAGACAGGGACGCACCCAAAUAUUACAACAUUCAGAAACAUUGAUCGAUUCCGCUCUCAGCUUAAAUUAUUGGGCUUCUCAUAUGACUGGGAUCGUGAAAUUUCUACGACUGAGCCCGAUUAUUACAAAUGGACGCAGUGGAUAUUUCUGCAGCUCCUAAAGAGAGGAUUGGCAUAUCAGGCUGAAGUUCCUGUGAACUGGUGCCCUGCUCUGGGAACUGUUUUGGCAAAUGAAGAAGUUGUGGAUGGAGUUAGCGAGCGUGGGGGACAUCCAGUUGUUCGAAAACCUAUGCGGCAAUGGAUGCUGAAGAUUACUGCAUAUGCUGACCGUCUACUUGAAGAUUUAGAUGGCAUCGACUGGCCUGAAAGUGUUAAGGAAAUGCAAAGGAACUGGAUAGGGAGAUCAGAAGGGGCAGAGCUGCAAUUCAGUGCCAUGGAUAGUGAUGGUUUGGAAAGUGACGUUAAAAUUACUGUUUACACCACGAGGCCUGAUACGAUAUUUGGUGCAACUUACUUAGUCCUUGCUCCUGAACAUGUGCUAUUGCCAGCCAUCAUAGCUGAUUCCCAAAGAGAAGUUGUCGAAGAGUACACGGAACUUGCUUCCAGAAAGAGUGAUCUGGAGAGGACUGAGCUCCAAAAGGAAAAAACUGGAGUCUUUAGUGGUAGCUAUGCAAGAAAUCCAGCUAAUGGAUUAGCUAUUCCAAUUUGGGUAGCUGAUUAUGUUUUGGGAAGCUAUGGAACAGGAGCAAUUAUGGCUGUACCUGCGCAUGACACACGAGACCAUGAGUUUGCUUUGAAGUACAAUAUUCCAGUCUGUGGGGUUGUGACUCCGGAAAAUGGAAGUUUCAGUUACCUUGAGAAGGCUUACACUGGUGAUGGUACGAUGAUAAAUUCAUCAAGUCCAACAUCAGGACUUGACAUUAAUGGUCUACCUAGCAAAGAUGCUGCGUCUAAGGUCAUUGAGUGGGUUGAGAAAACUGGGUGUGGAACGAAAAAGGUGAACUAUAAAUUAAGGGACUGGCUAUUUGCUCGGCAGCGUUAUUGGGGAGAGCCUAUCCCUGUCAUAUUUCUAGAUGGUACAGGUGAAUGUGUUCCAGUUUCUGAAGCUGAGCUUCCUCUUACCCUUCCCGAGCUGGAUGAUUUUAGUCCAACUGGGACUGGGGAGCCACCAUUAGCUAAGGCCCUUUCCUGGGUACAAACAAUUGACCCUAUCUCUGGGAAGUCAGCCCAGCGGGAAACAAACACUAUGCCUCAGUGGGCUGGUUCUUGCUGGUACUACUUGAGGUUCAUGGACCCUAGAAAUCCAAAUGCAUUGGUUGACAAGGAAAAAGAGAAGUAUUGGAGCCCUGUUGAUGUGUAUGUUGGAGGUGCUGAACACGCAGUUCUUCACUUACUGUAUGCUAGAUUCUGGCACAAGGUUCUUUAUGAUGUUGGAGUCGUCUCAACUAAAGAACCUUUUCAAUGUGUCAUAAACCAGGGAAUUAUUCUUGGAGAAGUUCAAUACAUAGCUUUCAGGGAUUCAGAUGGGAACCUAGUUUCUGCUGAUUCUGUUGAUGAUAUGGGGGACAUCAGUCAAGAAAUUGUACCUGAGGGGAAGGUAACAAAAUCUGGUGAUUGUUUCAUGCUGAAAGACAAUCCUGAUAUUCGCUUGAUUGGCCGUGCUCACAAGAUGAGUAAGAGUAGGGGAAAUGUUGUUAACCCAGAUGAUGUCGUCUCACAAUAUGGUGCAGAUUCUCUUCGUUUAUAUGAAAUGUUCAUGGGUCCAUUCAGAGAUUCAAAAACGUGGAGUACAAGUGGUAUUGAUGGUGUUCAUCGCUUUCUGGCAAGAGUUUGGAGAUUGGUUGUUGGUUCACCAUCAUUUGAUGGUAAAUACAACGUGGGAACAGUGGAUCUCGAUGGAGAGCCUUCUCUCGAACAGCUUCGUUGUCUUCAUAGAUGUAUUAGUAAGGUGACAGAAGAAGUUGAAGGAACACGAUUUAACACUGGAAUUUCUGCAAUGAUGGAAUUCAUCAAUGCAGCAUAUAAGUGGGACCAACUUCCGAGACCAGUCAUCGAACAAUUUGUUUUGUUGCUAUCGCCUUAUGCGCCUCACAUGUCCGAGGAGCUAUGGUCUCGCCUUGGACACUCCACUUCACUGGCUUAUGAGCCUUACCCAAAGGUGAACCCCGAAUACUUGAAAGAGUCAACGGUGGUCUUACCUGUCCAAAUCAACGGGAAGACAAGGGGCACCGUUCAGGUCGAGAAACAAUGCACCGAGGAAGAUGCUUUUGGACUAGCUUCAUCGGAUCCCAAACUUUCUAAGUUUCUGGAUGGGAAAACAAUCAAGAAGAGAAUUUUUGUUCCUGGUAAGAUAUUGAAUAUUAUUAUAGACGCACAGAACGCCAAGGUGGCUCAAAGAUAGCUCCUUUGGCAAGCAGAUUCGAGUCUGUGUGCAUAAAUAAUAUGGUGAAAUCAAUGAAGUGAGCAUUGGUGUCCUCUUCAUUUGGCUUCUUAGUUGAUGAUUUUGUAGACUUUAUAUUCAAUGUUAGCUGAUUAUUCUAUACAGACAAAAAUUCAUUCUGAUAAUACAGAUGCUAUUUGCUAUUGUGUUUUCUCAUUUUCAAGGCUUUUCGUUUUUAAA